AUGAGCCUCACACCGGUCCUGAGCGUCUUCCUGGUGCUGGCUGGUGUCCAGGCGACGCGUAUCCUGGAGAGCCAUGGUGGGGCCCUGCAAGAUGUGGAGAUGAUCGGGGCUGGAGGCAACUAUGUGAAGGAGCACCACGCUAGUGACGCUCGUGUAAGAGAUGCCGUCGACGAGAUCCGUAGCAACGCCGUGCAUCUCAUGAAAGAGAUUGAUGAUGCUGCGAAGAGCGGUAGCAAGUGGGAGUUUUGCUACGAAGGAGGGAUCUGCGUUGGCGAUAAGCCUAAAUGCUGCCUCCUAAUCACCAGCCACACAAAUAAAUUCGUCCAUCGCUGCGUUUAUGAGUCCGUCUAUUGUUAG